AUGUGCUAUUUUGGCGGCCAAGCAUCUGUCAAUUGGUGCAGUGCGUUUUGGGCGUGCAGCGCCGCCAGCUGGUACAAGGUGCGGCACGUCUGCGACACGUCUAGGCCGGGUGCUGCUGCAGAGACAUUGGAAAAGAAGCAGUGUGGCAUGGUCCAGUCAGGGACGGGAGGCCAUAGGCCAGAAUCGGAUCCGGAAGAAAGAAAGAUGAUUGUCAUAGUGGUGGUGGUUGAGUCGAGGACUGAGCUCCCGUCUAAACCCAUAAGUAUGUGCAACUUGACGCGGCUGGAACGAGACGAGUCUGGGGACGUAACCUUAUUGCGCGUGGUCCAGCCAGUCACAGUCUUUUUUCCUACUCAACGGUCUAACAACCGGAGGCUCGAAUGUAGAGAAGGAUGGGAAUUUUUUCUCUUUCUUUCUCUGCGGUCAAAACGGCCGCGAAAUGAGGUAGCAUGGUUAAGUAGAGAGACUGCUUGGCUUGUUCUCGUGAUCAUGUUGGUCUGA